UUCUGUACGGUAUUCACAAUUCCUCCCACCUGGCUUUCCAGUUCUUCUCUUUUCACGCGGAACCGGGACCGAGGGACAUCGUGGCAACCGUCUUCCCUAUUAACUUAAGCCCUAUUAUAGAAGACGAAAAUGUGGAGUCAGCGAAUGCGGCGUCUGCCACAGCGACAACAAUGCGUUCCCCCCUCUCUGCUGUCGGCAUCCAACAAGUUGCUGCACCCACCGAUUCGAUCGCGGCCACUCAACAACAACAACAGCAGCAACAACAGCUGCACUAUCAACAUCAACUACAGCUUCACCACCAGCAAUUGCAGUUGCAGCACCAGCAGCAUUUGGCUCGGCAGCAACAACAUUUGCAUGCUCAAUUACAGAGCCAGCCCCAACAACAACAGCAACAACAAACGCUGCAAUUAGGGGCGGUGGGUGAAACUGCAUCUGUAUCUAAACCAGACUCCUCCCUUCCCAAUGCCUCCUCCAGUGAAGUUAAAACAUCUUUUACUCAACCAAUGACUGCAACCACAGCACCGUCCUCAACCAUACCUUCCGGUGCUUUUUCCUCUGCACCUUCCGCCACUUCAAUGCCCCAGCAGAAUGGUAUUUCUACGGUUACCUCGGCUUCCACGGCUGGGAAUAAGGUGGAUAACUCGUCCAUGGGGAUGCUCAGCCUUCUGCCUCAGAUCCCCGAGGGUCUCCUACUGAAGCUGGACCCCUCUCUGGUGGACUCCAGCCAACAGAGCGGGAUGCCAGACAUUUCCGAGGUCAAACCCUACCAGUGUGACCAAUGUCUGAAACGCUAUUCUGGAAUAAAGUCCCUGAAGAACCACAAACUAACCCACUCCGAUAUUAAGCCUCACAAAUGCUCCUUCUGCAGCAAGGCUUUUCUGCGCGCCGACAAGAUGCGCAUGCACGAGAUUUCCCACCUGAACGUAAAGCCCUUUGAAUGUGCCACUUGCAAGCAGCGGUUUACGCGGUCCGACAAACUGAAGAUUCAUCACCGCACGCACACUGGCGUUCGACCCUAUGCCUGCACUUUUUGUCCGAAGCGCUUCACCCGCUCAGACAAGCUCAAAAUUCACGAACGCAUCCAUACAAAAAUCAAGCCGUAUGAGUGUGGUCAUUGUGGGAAAUGUUUUGCUCGUUCCGACAAGCGUCGUCUCCAUGAACGUACUCACAUAUACGGCCCCCGUCCGAGGACUAAUGGUGUUCGUAAGUCUAAGUCGGCCGCGGCCAAUGCCGCCGCAUCCUCCGCCGCCCUUGGUACUACCUCUGCG